AUGAGCUACUGCGGCGGCUACUACGGAGGCCUGGGCUACGGCUAUGGCUAUGGCCUCGGUGGCCUGGGAUAUGGCUGUGGCUAUGGCGGUGGCUAUGGCGGCUACGGAUAUGGACCUUUCUAUGGAGGCUACGGAUAUGGCUGCUAUCGUCCAUGGAACUAUGGAAGAUACUGUCCUCUACAGCACAAGGAGCCGCACUGGGAGAUCCCACAGCGCAUUGGAACCAUUUCAUACAACAAUAUGGGACCUUGCCUUGAACAGCAAACCAAACUCAACACCUCUGACACCAUGAGCUACUGCGGCGGCUACUACGGAGGCCUGGGCUACGGCUAUGGCUAUGGCCUCGGUGGCCUGGGAUAUGGCUGUGGCUAUGGCGGUGGCUAUGGCGGCUACGGAUAUGGACCUUUCUAUGGAGGCUACGGAUAUGGCUGCUAUCGUCCAUGGAACUAUGGAAGAUACUGGUCUGGAUGCUGCUGA